AUGGCGUCGGCGAAGGUGCUGAAGGAGGGCGUGCUGGAGAAGCGCAGCGGGGGCCUGCUGCAGCUGUGGAAGCGCAAGCGGUGCGUGCUGACGGAGCAGGGCCUGCAGCUGUUCGACGCCAAGGGCGCGGGCGGCCGCCCCAAGGAGCUCAGCUUCGCCCGCAUCAAGGCGGUGGAGUGCGUCGAGUGCACCGGCCGCCACGUCUACUUCACCCUGGUCACCGAGGCCGGGGCCGAGAUCGAUUUCCGCUGCCCGCUGGAGGACCCCGGCUGGAACGCCCAGAUCACCCUCGGCCUGGUCAAGUUCAAGAACCAGCAGGCCAUCCAGGGCGUGCGGGCCCGGCAGAGCCUCAGGGCGGGGACCCUGGUCUCCUAGGGAGGCGGCCAAAGCCUCUCCGCCCUCCUCCCCUUCCCCUCCGAGGAGCCAGGACGCCGCGCAAGCUUCUCAGGCCCUGGGCACCAAGGAUCUGAACUGUUCUGCACAAGGAUGAUGGUGGCCCAGAGAAGCGGACCCCAGAACGGCCCUGGAUCUAGCCCUCUGGGUCAGAGAAGAGGAGCCGCGAAGCUGAGAUCGAACCCUGUGUGCCCUCACUGCCCUCUGUCUGACCUGGAGAGCUGGAGCUCUGGGUGCUGAGGUCCACAGCCCCAUCAAAUCUCCAGGGAGCUCAGGGCAGCUGAUCUGGCCAGGACUGUUGUCCACCGUGGCUCCUCGUGGCCCCUCCCAGCCCUCCUCCAGAGCCUCCGACAAAACCUGGCCCACACUGGAGCCCGCCUGCCGGCCCCUGUUGCGGACUCUGGACACCUCAAGCAGGGCUUGGGGGAGCGGGCACCCCGACCUUGAAGGAAGCGGUGGACUGGAGAGUCCUGGACUUCCCACCCUGUCCCAGCCCCCACCCCUGCCCACCACUCUUCCAGUGCCGAGAGGCAUCAGCUGGGCUGCCCCUGCUUCGGGGGGCAGCACAGCCUUUCUGGUGCCAGACUUGCUGGGGAAGAACUCACACCUCCCACAACUCAGGCUUACUUUGUGUGUCCCCCAACCUUGCUGCAGAACAAGCCCGAGAAAGACUUGGGAGGGAGUGGGUGGGGUCUCCCCAAGGGGUAAACUGUGCCUCGUGCCUCCUUCCAGGCCCCCCCAGCCCACCCCCUCACUGCCCAGCAGCCAGGCUGUUUGGUGUGGCAGGGAGCUAUUUCUUGCUGAUUACAGCCCAAGGCAGUAACAGUGUC